GAAAUGGCCAGCCAACAAAUUACGCAUGCGCAGUAGUCGGCGCUUUAAAACAAGUCUUGAGGAGGGAACAUGAAGGCACUUUGCAGGUGGACUUGAAUAACAGUCGAGGACAGCAGGAAGCUGUGGUUGAAAUGCAGCGCCGAGGCGCUGCAGGAUGAACAGUCGUCGUGUUCGCCAUGACUCUGAGGUCCACACUGUUUCCCAACACAGGAUUCAAGCAGGACGCUGACACCAACGACUUUGACCAAACGCAGUUUGGGGUCGCCACCGUGGGACCCGUGAGCCUCAAGAGGGAGUCCUGCGACUUUGUUAUAGAUGUUCAAAACGCACACGGGGGCGAGAUCCCGAGCAAAUCAAAGGACUUAGGCCAGAAUUACAUGACAAGCAAAGUUUCCCUGGCGGCCACAGUUGCAGAAGACAAUAAAACUGUGGGGAUAUUGUCCCCUGUCAGACAAAUGGGGGGUGAGGGAACCCCAGUGAAAGGUAAACCCCUCUCUGCUGACAAUAUGGAUAACCCUCAGAUGGCUCUAAACAAUAACCCCAAGGAUGGAGUUGCGGAUGACAGUGCAAAGGGGGUUGUCCCAGGAGUCCUUGGCACUGCAUCCAUUGAACUCUCCUCUGAGGGCAAGUGGAGGAACAUCAGGAAGACCCCUGCCAAUCCCCACACACAGGCCAACUGCCUCCGGCAGAUUCUCCUCCUCCAAUUGGACCUUAUUGAACAACAGCAACAACAGCUGCAGUCCAAGGACAAGGAGAUAGAUGAGCUCAAAUCAGACAAAGAGACACUGCUUGCACGUAUUGAGCGCAUGGAGCGUCGCUUGCAGCUCACAAAGAAGGACCCUCCGCGUGACAAGCGCCUUUUCCAGCCCCUGGAGCCAUGGACCCCUGACAAGGAGGACAUGUGGGAUCUGGAAGUAGAGGAGAGUACACAGCCCAACACAGCCACUCCGCUCCCCUUCAGUCGGGGUGGCAAAGGUCAAAAGAGGAAAUCUUGCUUUGGAGAUGCAAAAGUCCAGAAAUCCCGGGGCAAAAGUGCCAAGCUCAGCCCCCAGAAGCCUGAGAUUCAGCCGGGCUCUCCCAAUCAGAGAGAGCUGCGCAGUAAAGAAACCCCAGAGAAGACCGUUCCCAUGAGGUCGGGGUCAGAAAGGGACCUUAUGCUCCCGUGCAAAGAGGAGCCCGAUCUGAACUGUCAGAUCGAAGACCUGCCCUUCAUGUCUACUACAGAGAUGUACCUCUGUUGCUGGAACCAACCUCCUCUGUCUCCACUUCGUGAGACUUCCUCUAAAAAGGAAGAAGAGGUGGCCAGUGAGUGGACUCCUCAUGUAGUACAUGAUAUGCUGAUUGUUUUUCCAUCUUGGAGGGAAAACCACAUAGAGCCUUUGGAAGAGGACUACUCCUUUAUUCCCUCUGAGCCGCUGGAUGACAAUGUGUUUUUAAAACGCCACGCGAAGCUGGAGUUGGAUGAGAAGAGGAGGAAAAGGUGGGACAUCCAGCGAAUCAGAGAGCAGCGCAUGUUUCAGCGUUUGCAGCAGCGCAUGAACAGGAAGAAAGUCGUCCCGGAGACUGAGCCAGAGCUCUCGUCCUUCUAUCCCGACACUGAAGAUGUUGAAACUAUAGUGAUCACUCCCUUCUUGCCUGUCGUUGCAUUUGGCCGACCGUUGCCCAAACUCUCGCAACAGAACUUCGAGCUGCCUUGGCUGGACGAGCGAAGCCGAUGUCGCAUCGAGGUGUCCAAAAAACAGACUCCUCACCGGACCUGUCGGAAGUGAAACCCUGUUGUUUGUGUGUGUGCGUGUGUGUGUGUGUGUGUGUGUCAACCUGCGGAGAGAUGCCGCUCCAUGCCCAGAUUAGAAAAUGCUAUAUUUGUCUUGCCUGGGGGGGGGGACAAGUCACCAGUCCCUAUGUGUAACUGCUGUUGCUUUCAGUCUGAAUUCUCAACGUGUCUCCACUGACCAGGGUGGGAUGGUAGCUGCGCCACUGGGAGUCAGUGAUAUUUUUGGUCUCAUUUACACUUCUGAAAGGGAGAUUAAAAUGCCUGAUGCCCUGAGAUUACAAUCCCUGUUAGCAGCUGUUGUCUGAAAUGUAUGAUCAGUUAUGUGCAUGUUCUGUAACAUGUUUAAAAUACAUUUUGUAGCAUCCAAAGUUGAUUUUAUCACAUAAAAGUGGAGUUUCUCUCACUUUUUAUGCACAGUCAGCUGAAGAGGAAUCUAAUCUUUAACGCAUUCAUGUGGAGCGGGGGGGGGGGGUGACAAAAAAACAUUGGUUGCCAUUUUGAUUGAAAAAGUAGAACUUGUGCUGUAUGUCAUGAGCAAUACAGCUACAACUUUUAUUUCUGGGUCCUCCUGCCACACUCAUUCUCCCUGCCUAUGUGAAAAAAAAAUAGAAGUCAAAAUCUGACUGUUAUCGUGCUGUGUAUCGCCUAUAUUGUUGUUCGCAUACAACUUCAAAUAACAUUUUAUCAAUGUUUAGUGUGAUGUCGGGAGGUUUGAUCCACACUCAGCAUGGUUACAUAUUUAAAAAAAGCUUACAGUUCUUGCCAAUCUAAUGUAAGAAGAAAUUAACAAUAAGCAACCAAAUGAUUGUUCUGUGUUCCUGGUUUGCUUUAUAAAAACAACAGCACUGAUCAUUAGACAGCUAGUAAACCUGGGAGUGAAACCCAGUGUUCUGUUCCCUGUUUUGUUUCUGUUAAGUUUUUUUUUU